GAUGAGGUUUGUGUUAUAGGAAUACCAUACGAGGAGCCAUAUUCCAGCUUUUGGCAGCUGGGAUUGGAACAAAGAUCUCCCUUUCACUCAGUGUUUCGAAUCAGCAAGACAAGCCGGCUUGCUUCGUUACAGCUACUCCGAGGAUCGUGAUCUAUAUGUUGCUGGUGAUCUUUAUGAUAAUGAUGUUGUUACUCCUGCCAUGAUCGUUGUUCCUCGCAGAAGGACAAAAGUACGACAGUCCAAUGUUAAAGGAAAAAGGCAAAGCUGGGAGAUCAAUGACGUGAAAGAACCACCAAGUCCCACUCCUAUCCACCACAGGCCAGCACCCAAACCGGUUGACGAAGACCUCUAUAAAAUUUCCCCACAUCUGCUUUACGCAAAAGCCAGAAAAAAGAGAGGGUUAAGCCUCUUUUCGAGCUGCAUGCAGGUUCCUGCUUGUGUGUUGUGAAGCUGUUGUUUUUCCCAUUGCCAAAGUGCAUGUGCGUGUAUAGGAUGAAGUUAAUAUAGUUUUAAGAGGAUGACGAGAAUGGGAUUAUGGCAUGGGUACUUGUUUCCCUCCCUCCCUUAAUCUGGAUAUUGAGAGGAUUAUUGUGUUAAGAAGUGAAUUAAUAUAGUUUUUUUUACUUCUAUUAUUACGUGAGGGUUAUUGUAGGUAG